UUCUGAAAAUACCCAAUGAAAAAAUGAACCCACCAAUAUAUAUUAAAAACCCAAGAGAAGCACAUACAGAGAGUAAAAAUUGAAAAUAAUCUCUGGUUAUUUGUUCUGUCAAAUGGACUUUGAUCUGAAGCAAUGUAGAAAACAGAGGGAGUCAGAGGAACAACAACAUUCUGCUAAGAUUUCUAAGUUUUUUGUUGAACAGCCCCAUCAUCAUCAUCCUUCUUCUUCUGUUCUUCCUUUGUUUGUACCUGCUGAUUCCUCCAAAACUUCCAACAUCUUGUCAGCAUUUCCUGAUUCAACUUCUUCUACGUUACCCAGGAUGUUGGGUUAUUUCAGUGUGGCUCAAAGGCAAGAACUCGAGCUUCAAGCUCUCAUUUUCCGGUAUAUGUUGGCCGGUGCCGCCGUCCCGCCGGAGCUUCUCCACCCUAUUAAGAAAAGCCUUCUCUCUUCCUCUUCUACCACUCCUUUCUUUCUUCAUCAUCCUCUUCAACAUUUCACUCACUACCCUACUUCUCUGUUACAAGCAGGGUAUUGGGGCAGAGCCGCCAUGGAUCCGGAGCCUGGCCGGUGCCGGAGAACCGACGGCAAAAAAUGGCGUUGCUCAAGAGAUGUGGUCGCCGGCCAGAAAUACUGUGAGCGCCACAUGCACCGUGGCCGUAACCGUUCAAGAAAGCCUGUGGAAACUACCACAACUAACCCCACCACUACCGCUUGCAGCGGCGGCGGCGGUGGGGGUGGCGGUUGUUCUCUUAGUUCCAACGCCGGCCGUGUUAAUGGUGGUCGGCCUUUUUUGACUGUGGAAAGUGGAAAUUAUUUCUCUUUGUGUGGACAAACCCCAUCCGUUGAUCUCCUCCAUCUCAAUCAAGGUUCCUGCUCUAAUUCCUUAUUAGAGAACAAAAAUUUCUAUGAAUCCCACAAAGAGCCUUCCGCCGGAGAUGCUAAAUCUGAGGGCCACAUUUUGAGGCAUUUUUUCGAUGAUUGGCCGCGGUCCGAAAACGGUGGCUGUGGGAAUGACAACGACAAUGUCAACCAACGAAUGAACUCCACAUCCGCUUCUGCAACAUCCCUUUCGAUUUCGAUGCCCGGGAACCCUCCAUCAUCGUCUUCUGAUGUGUCGUUGAAAUUAUCAACAGGAGGAAGUUUUGAUCAAGGCAAUGAUCACCACAUUCACCAAAAUGGCAACGUUGACCGAGAGCAUGUGCAGUUGAAUUGGGCUACUGGAUGGGCCGCAACGCAGAUGGCGUCAAUGGGUGGACCGCUGGCGGAGGCGCUGCGGUCAGCAAAUAACAACUCGUUGCCGACCAGUGUGCUGCAUCAGUUGCAAAGAACAACCAACUCGGAAGCUAGCUUUAUUAGCACUUGAAAAAUGAAGUUUGCCUCUAAUUUGCAUUUACAAUGAUCUCUAACACUAUAGUAGUUUGUUUCAAUGCUUCUAAUUUGGUUGCUUGGAUAGUUAAUGUAUGUUACUAUCUGUAAAAGAAAAAAAAAAGUCAAAGAUGACCAAACUUUAAUGUUUCCAGCCCCACUUUCUUCCUACCUGUUUUGAAUGUGGUAGGUUGAAAAAUGUUUGUCAUUGAUUUUUUUUUUUUUUUUUUUGGUUCUUGUUAUAUUUAUUGUUUUACCAUACCAAACAUGUUCUACUAACUAUGAUCUUCAUUACAAACAUGAUAACAAGUAUAAUAUAAAUUAAUUCAAUACUAUUUUUUAACUUAUUUCAAUU